AUCUCUCUCUCUCUCUCUCUUCUCUGAAUCAUCAUCCUCCUCUGCUUCUUCUUCUUCUUCUUCUUCGCCGUUCUUGUUUACCUUUUGUCGUGUUUUUCUCUCUCUAAAAGAAUUUUCUCGGCAUAUCGUCAUCAUUCGUUUCUGUUGUCCAUGGUAGAUUCAAACCUCUCAGUCAACCCAUCAUUUUCUGCCCUCGUUGCCUCCUGGAGAGCAGUGGGCGUUGUUGUUCUCCGUGGCUUUGUCCCUCUCUAAUUCUUGAUAUAUUAUUGUUCAUCAAAAUUCGGAAUUCGGGAUAACUUCGUCUCCGCGGUAAAUUUUUUCUCCUCAGGUUCGUGCUUCUGCUAUCUUGAGCCGGAUGGAGUCUAAUCAGAACCAGGACGCGGAGGACGACAACAGAGCAAUCGCCACAACAAUCGACCGUGACGAGCGGACCGCCGGCGAGAUUCCGCCUUCCGAGGCGCCGCGAACGGCGGUCCGUAACGAGUUCCUCAAGCAAGAGCUGACCAACAGCGACCGGGAGCACGAGACGCUCCUCGUCCCGGUCGGGGGCCCGCAGGUUUCUCUCUCGUCCCCGGGGUUCCACAGAGCGGUGGCUCCUCCGAGGCGGCCUUCCAAGGACCGCCACACGAAGGUGGAGGGGCGGGGGCGGAGGAUCCGCAUGCCGGCCGCUUGCGCGGCGAGGAUUUUCCAGCUGACGAGGGAGUUGGGGCACAAGAACGACGGCGAGACCGUGCGGUGGUUGCUGGAGCACGCGGAGAAUGCCAUCAUCGAGGCGACGGGGUCCGGUACGGUCCCCGCGAUCGCAGUCUCCGUCGGCGGGACUCUGAAGAUCCCGACGACGCCGUCCUCAUCCUCUAAGGAAGACGGUGAUCAUCCGAAGAAGAGGAGGAAGCGAGCUUCGAAUAGCGAUUUCUUCGACGCCCGCCAGCCCGUCGCGAUGCGGUCGGGGUUCGCGCCGAUCACGUACUGUAGUGGCGGUGGCGGUGGCGGUUUAAGUCACGGACUGAUGCAGCUGUGGCCCGUGGGGACACCCAUUGGCGGCGGCGGGACGGUGUUCGUGUUGCCCGGCUCGUCUGGUCAGACGCAGCCGUCGUUCCUGGCGAUUCCGCCAAUCUUCAACGUCGGCGCGCGGCCAAUCUCGAACGCAGCGACCGCACCGGCGGGCGGUGGAGACGGCGGCUCCACAGACGCGUCGGCGGUGGCGCCGAGCUCGACCUCCCCGGUGGCGGCGAGCGUCGUUAGCGGCAGCACAAGCAGCGGCACGCCCCACAUGCUCAAGGAUUUUUCCCUGGAGAUAUACGACAGGAAGGAGCUCCAGUUCUUGGGGCGGAGGAGCCCGAAUUCGCCGCCGCCGUCGUCUUGCUCAAAGCCCUGAAUGAGAGGGGUCGUCGUCCACAGUGGGAUACCGAAGGUUAGAGCUGGAAGUAGUGGUAGGG